AGAGAAUAACUGCCGAGCACCAAGUUUCGACCUAUUUCUCCACAUGCUUCUCUGUUUCCAAAGGAUCCCACAAAGGAGUGUCAACCUGUAAGGAAUGAGAAUUCCUAGCAGGUUAUAUGUAGAGGUGCAGGUUCACCUGAAGAUGGAAUCCAAAGGAAAGAAGAUGGUUGUUGACCGAGCCUAGGAGGACUGUUAGAUUGUAUCUCAGAGUUUCUACCUCUGACAGAGCACAGUCACCAUGAAUGCAAGUGAAUUCCGGAGGAGAGGGAAAGAGAUGGUAGAUUAUGUGGCUGACUACCUGGAAGGCAUUGAGGGGCGCCCAGUGUACCCUGAUGUGGAGCCUGGCUACCUGCGACCCCUGAUCCCCACUGCUGCCCCCCAAGAGCCAGAAGCAUUUGAGGACAUCAUCAAUGACAUUGAGAAGAUAAUCAUGCCAGGGGUAACUCACUGGCACAGCCCCUAUUUCUUCGCCUACUUCCCCACAGCCAGCUCGUACCCGGCCAUGCUCGCAGACAUGCUGUGUGGAGCCAUCGGCUGCAUAGGCUUCUCCUGGGCGGCGAGUCCAGCAUGCACAGAGCUGGAGACAGUGAUGAUGGACUGGCUUGGGAAGAUGCUGCAGCUACCAGAGGCAUUUUUGGCUGGAAAAGCUGGAGAAGGGGGAGGAGUGAUCCAGGGGAGUGCCAGUGAAGCUACCCUGGUUGCCCUGCUGGCUGCUCGGACCAAAGUGAUCCGACAGCUCCAGGCACAGUCCCCAGAGUUGACUCAGGCUGCAAUCAUGGAAAAGCUGGUGGCCUACUCCUCUGAUCAGGCACACUCUUCUGUGGAAAGAGCUGGAUUAAUUGGUGGAGUGAAAUUGAAAGCAAUCCCUUCUGAUGGCAAAUUUGCCAUGCGUGCUUCUGCCCUGCAGGAGGCCCUGGAACAAGACAAGGCAGCUGGCCUGAUUCCAUUCUUUGUGGUUGCUACUUUGGGGACCACGUCUUGCUGCUCUUUUGAUAAUCUCUUAGAAGUGGGUCCUAUCUCAGAGCUCAGAGUGACUCAUCUCUCCUCAAAGUGCACUGGCAAGAAGGAGGACAUGUGGCUGCACAUUGAUGCUGCUUACGCAGGCAGCGCCUUCAUCUGCCCUGAGUUCCGGCAUCUUCUGAACGGAGUGGAGUUUGCAGAUUCAUUUAAUUUUAAUCCCCACAAGUGGCUUUUGGUGAAUUUUGACUGCUCCGCCAUGUGGGUGAAAAAGAGAACAGACUUAACAGGAGCCUUCAAACUGGACCCUGUUUACCUGAAGCACAGCCAUCAGGAUUCAGGGCUUAUCACUGACUACAGGCACUGGCAGAUCCCUCUGGGUCGAAGAUUCCGCUCUUUGAAAAUGUGGUUUGUCUUUAGAAUGUAUGGAGUCAAAGGACUGCAGGCUUAUAUCCGCAAGCACAUCCACCUGGCUCAUAAGUUUGAGUCUUUGGUGCGCCAGGACUCCCGCUUUGAGAUCUGUGCAGAAGUCACUCUGGGGCUGGUCUGCUUCCGACUAAAGGGUUCCAACCAACUGAACGAAGCUCUUCUGCAAAGAAUAAAUAGUGCCAAAAAAAUACACUUGGUUCCUUGUCACCUCCGAGACAAGAUCGUGCUGCGUUUUGCUGUCUGUGCUCGCACGGUGGAAUCUGCCCACGUGCAGUUCGCCUGGGAGCACAUCAAAGAGCUGGCUGGAGACGUGCUGAGAGUAGAGAAGGAGUGAAAGUGGAGCCGGUUGCAGACAUCAAAAGUUGGAAGAACGUAUGUGUGAAAACUGGAAUAAGAAGAAAAUAAAUAUCAUCCUCUUGAUACUGAGUCUGUAUGUGGCCUCCCAUGUCUGCUCCAAAGUUAACCAGACACUCGUCAUUAUAUCUUUUUGGUGUCUCAUCAGUGAAGAAAUAUUUGCUAUGUGAAAAGUUUAUCUCAGUGAUUACAGUUUUCAAUUGUUAUUUGGCUGUGGUUUUUCUUGAUUAAAAAUCAAAAGUUUUCAUGCUCAUGAAGAUAUCAGUGGUGGCAGAAGGGGCUUAAUGAAAUAUUUUCCAGGGCAGUCUAUGAUCAUAACUGCAGAUUAUACCUGUGGCCCUAAAUUGUCCCCUGUCAUGUGUUUAAAUGCUUAAUAAACAGUUGAUGUGAAAUGCUAAUUGUGGUGGGUAAUCAUCUUGUUCUGCAUUGUAUCAAUUAAAUCUUGUGAUAUAAACUUAUCCU